GUAUCACUGUCCGGAUUAAUUGCCAAUGGUCUCUCACUCCAUAUCGCAACAACAAAUACACAUUUUCGGAAUGGUUAUGGCACUCUUUGUGCUGCUAUUUUGUUGUGCAAUAUACAAACAAUAUUAAUUAUGCUAAUAUGGGCAGCAAUUGUUCUAAUAACGAAUUCUCCAGAAUUAUCAUCACCAACAUCUUCUAUCGCUUUAAUACCCGGAUGUUUGGCAUGUGUGAGUUUUUACGGAGCGGUAGUG